AUUUCCCAACAACUCGAGUUAUUGGGACCAAGUGGUUAGUUCGCUAACAUGGUAUCAGAGCCUAGAACCGAAAGGUCAUGGUUUCGAAUCCUCAUGACGACCUCAUUUUCAGCCAUUUGUUUAGCACAAGGGAUGGUAUGUCCAACCUGUGCAAACUAAAGCCUCGUGGUUUGGCAGCACAAGGGUUCAACCUGUACAAACCGUAAAAAAAAAAAAUCCACAAUUCGGCAUCGGCUUUCGUUUGAGGGGGCGUAUAUCCAUUUCCCAACAACUCGAGUUAUUGGGACCAAGUGGUUAGUUCGCUAACAUGAUAACUUGGACGCGACUUAUCUUGCCGCGCGGGUCUAGAUUUUCACACUCGUAUCAAGCAUGUUGCCGUUCACUACCGUUUCGUGCGACGUGUAACAGGGAAUGAAUCUUGAAAUUUCAUCUGCAACGGUACGUCAUUUCCUUUCAGCAAAGAAGACGGUCAAUGCGGCAGCGUUUUUCUCCUUGGUUUCCUGCCGGCGUCGUUCUAAUAGCCACACUUAUGUUUGACAACGGUGUCCGUUUGGUUUAUCUGCUUUCUUCGUUUUCUUUCGUCUCCAGAUAGGAGAUUGUUUCCAUUCCAAGCUAACAAGACAAGAAUGUGUUAGCUGGGUUGUCUUCUUGCUUUGUAAGGGAUGAGGGGGUGUGUGGCGGCGUAACCGCUGGAUGUUCAGUACUAGAGUUCCGGUGACUCACCAUGUAAAAGGAAGUGGUCAAAAUUCAUAUAUGAUUUCUCCCGGUACAUUGACACGAGUAGGUUUGUGACAUGAUGUCAGAGAUGGUUUAUCUUUGAGAUCACUUGUUCAAAUUCUGAUCACCUCAAAAUUAACCGUUGUCUUAAACACACAUUGGUAUAACGCACAUGUGCAAGCGUCUGGUUGGUCUUGUCUUGUGAAUGGGCCCUGGCCCGAUUUCCGAGUUGGUGGAUGAAGGUCUCUCCUAUGAGCUAUUUGGACCGGUCCGUCUAUCAUCAUCAUCCAAAUAACAACAUCGACGAGGACCUCUUCACCACCGCACUCCGGUUUCGACUGCUCAGGCUACAUGGCUACAAUGUGCCUAGUGACGUAUUCAAGAGGUUCCAGAACGAAGAAGGAGAAGGAACCUUCAAGGAGGAGGAGUUGGGGAGCGACGACGCCGAAGGUAUGAUGAGCCUGUACGAUGCUGCAUAUCUUCAUAUGCAUGGAGAGACGAUAUUGGACGAAGCCGUCGAGUUUACGAAGGCUCAGCUAACUAACUGUUGUUAGGACGGAACAACAACAAAACGAGGUUACCGAAUCUGGAGCUGAGUCGGGGACUAGAUCGCUCUCUUUAAGACGUUCGCGGCACUGCCCUCGAUGCGCACGGCAGACUAUCAACUGGUCGUCUCCAGGAUAUAACAACUCCUCUCAAUACUCGCGGUUUUGUGCGAAAACCCUCUCUGAACACUCUCUCUAUUGUGUUUAUGCUCGUUGUAGUGUAUUUAGCAGUGUUAUUAAAGCCGAGCCGAGCCGCUCGGCCCGACCGGUAAAACCGCUCUGACAACAUUGGUAUUUAGAGGGGCUGGGGAGGCGGCUAUUUAUAGGAGCCAAACCCCUAGGAAUAUACCCUCUUACUUGGGAAAUAAGUCGGAUUAAUUAAG